AUGUCUUUGGAAUAGGAGAGGAAGGUUUGUUAAAAACAUUAGAUGGAGAUAACAACAAUUGAUUUAAAGUAAUCAACGAGUAAGGAGGAGAAAUACCUUUGUAUAAAGUGUUUAAUAGAGAAGAUUGAUAUAUAAAAUAUGGUUUUGGUGGAUGAGACUAAAAUUAUGAUUAAGGAGAUGAAAAGUGAAUAAUAAACACUGAAAAUUAAGGAAAAUUAAAGAAGAAUAGAAACAUUUAAAUAAAUUCAAUGUUUGAUUAAAGAAUACAAAGUUUAAGUUGAGAAUGUUAUUGAAAAGAUAAUAAUUAAUAUUCAUUAGAAAAUAUAAUUAAUUGAAAAGGAUUUAGAAGAAUUAGAUUAAAAAUCUAAAAUUUAUAAAUUUGAAGAUGAAGUUGAAAUUCUAUCAUCAAAUUAUAAAGGAAGUUUUAAUUAUGAAAUUCCUAUAGAAUUUGAUAAAUUAGAAGAUGAUAAUCAAUUUUAUGAUUCUCUCUAAUCAAUGUUUUAAUCAUUUACAAAUAAUCACUCAUAUACAUAAGUUAUUGAUAUAUUAUAAUAGAAUCAAAAAAUUGAAAAGUCAAAGGAAAUUAAAGUAUCUAGUAUUUAAAAAGAGAAACAAGUAGAUAAAUCAGUAAUUAUUGUAUAUUAAUAUUUAGAAAACACCAUCUCUCAACAUCAAAUGCAAUAAACAUGGAAAAGAAAUAAUAAUGUUGAAUUUAGAACCAAAUGAAACUUAAAUUUCAAGGUUAGCAUGUGUUGAUUGUAUACAUUAUAAUAAUCCUAUUAAAUACACUUCAAUAUAAGAUGCAGGGAUUAAAUGGGAUGAAUUUAAAGGUAAAACUGAAGAUAAAAUUAAAUUAUUUUAAAAUCAAAGAUUACUUUAAUAAGAAAUGAUUAUAUAAAAUCUAAAGGAAAUGAGAGAAUAAUAUACAUUAAUAUUAAAUGAAUUGAUAGAUAAAUUGAAUAAUGAAUAAUAAUUAACUAAAUUAUUAUAAUUUAAUCAGUCAAAUCAAACGGAUAUUUAUGAAUUCAAUUAAGAAUAAAUAGAUGAACUUACUUUAAUAUUAAGUAAAUAAGAUAAAUUUAUAGCUUUAUAAGAUUAAUAAGUUAAUAUUGAAAAAGAAGAUUAAAUUAAAUAUAAUUUAAUAAUUAAUAAUCUAAUGAGCUUAUUUGAAUUUGAAUUAUUAAAAAGAGAAGACAUCUUGAAGAUUUUCAAAAAUGAUUAAUCUAUUUUAAAUACAAUCUAAAUUGAAGAUUCAAAAAUAAACAAUAUUUAGAUCUAAAAUAUGAAUCAAAUUCUAAGGAAAAUCUAAAAGUUUGAUGCUUAUCAGGGCAUUUUCAAUUAAGCCUUGAGUUUAUAUAAAUCUAUUAUCUAAAAUAUCUCUGAUUUAUCAAUUCAACAAUAAACUAUCAAUAAUGAAUAAUAAUUAAAUGAAGAAAAGAUUAUUGAAUCCAAUAUUAUAAUUAAUGAACAAUAUGAAGAAACAAUUUAGAAAUUCAUAAAAGAUACUAUAGAAAUUAAAAGACUUUUAAUGGUUGAUUAAUUGUAAUAAGAACUAAAAAUUAAAUAAAAUGAAAUUGAUUCAAAUUCAUUAAAAAUUAUUUAAUUUUAAGACAAUUAAUCAAAAUUAGAAUCCUUAUUAAAUUCAUUAUAAUUCAAAUAUGAUGAUUCAAUUAAGUAAAAUGACAUUUUGAAUAAACAAAAUCAAUCUAAAAAAUAUUAAUUACCUGAAUCUUAAUUUAAAAGAAUUUGUAAUUUGGAUAUUUAUUAAAAAAAUGCUUAUGCUAAAUCUAUUUUUAAAGCUGAUUUUAACAAUCAACUAAAAGAAAUUAAAAGUUAUAAUGCAAUUCUUCAGAUUAAUAAUAAAUAUUUCAAUUUAACAUCUACUAAUCAAAUAAAUUCGAAAUAAGCAUAUUUAUAACAUAAAAGCAGCCAUAGGUUCAAAUAUAUCAUCAUUCGCAAUAAAUUUCAAACAAAAUAUGCCACUCACGCAUCAUUUAAGCAGGAAAUCUUAUUCGAUUUCAUACAAGGAUUACGAAAAUAAUUACUAAAUUCAACAUUACAUUAAUAAAAAAUAGGAAAACAGACUCAAAACUAAAAAUAUCAUAAUAUCUAUCAAUUAUUUAAAAUAUUUUAAUUUGUAAACCACUAUCAAGGUUACAAUUAAAAUUUACCUGUUGAUUAUUGA